ACUGCUGAAUUGAAAAGACUUCCAGUAGUGAAUUUCUCUGCCGGGGGUUUGGCAACACCUGCAGAUGCAGCAAUGAUGAUGCAACUUGGGUGUGAUGGUGUGUUUGUUGGUUCUGGAAUAUUUAAAUCUGGCAACCCAGCAAAAAGAGCUAAAGCCAUAGUUCAGGCUGUAACUUAUUACAAUGAUCCAAAAGUAUUAGCAAAUGUAUCUGAAGAUUUAGGUGAACCUAUGGUUGGCAUUAAUAUUGAAACAAUACCGACGCAUCAACUUUUGGCUGAAAGAGGAUGGUGA